ACCUUCGCGGCCUCUGUGGAUGACGGCGAGUGGUUCGAACCGGAAUCCCAAGAUGCCUGGGAAGAUGGCUGGGAUGAUUGGUCUUCAUCGUGCUAUGCCGGACAAUGGAGCGAUGACGACUGGAAUCGUGACUGGUGGGAAGAAGAGACUUCUCAAAACUUCCAAGCUCUAUCUCAACCUCCUUCAGGUUCAGCUGGUGAUGACUCUGCCCUUCGUGAGGCCCAACAGGCUGAACGCAUGGCCGAGAAUCUUGCUACGGAGGCCACUCGUACUUGGUCCGAAGCACAAAAAGCAACACAGCAGCUACGCAAGGACCAAGGAUUCGGUGGUCCGACAUCAUCCAGUAGCGGUCAGCCCAACGGCGGCGGCAACCGCAUGUCCCGUGACUGCCCGGACCGCAGACACCCUUCUCUUCAUGGCGGCAAGUUCAACGGCAAGGGGCAAGUUCCGGAACUACUGGAUGGAAGCGGCUAUCGAACUGUCAACGCCUACAACCAAGAGCUCUUUGCGGGUGCUUUUGAACUGGCUGACCGGUCCACGACUGUGGAGAUUGAUCAAUCAGCGCGUCCAUACUUUCGGUUUGGGAAUGGUUGUUGGGGCAGAGCACUUUGCAGGGUUCAUCUGUCAAGUUCCGUUACGGGUGAGUGCAAGACUUUUUCACUGUACAUGCUUCCCAAUCCUGCUGAGCACUUCCAGGCCGACUUUGACAAGAGCACACUAGUUCCGGUCUUGAUAGGUAUGGAUCACCUUGGACCUCGGGGCGUUGGGAUGAUGAUUGACUUCACCACGGGUCUUGCAAUGAAUGCCAAAGAGUGGAAUCCUUCCAUCUUUCAGCUUGAUACCAACAACAAGGGCCAUUAUGUCUUGGAUGUGGUACAGUAUCUGAUUCAGGGCCGUGUGAAUCAUGAGGGUCAUGCACAUAUAAGGGUUCGGAGAGGUUCCUCCACGUCAAGUCCAGUUGGAGAGCAUUCGUACAUUGAGCUAAACACAGCCUUCUUUGACCUGACAGCGGCUGAUCAUGCAUUCCAUGAGAGUGAGACCCAGACAGCUCGGGAUCGCAUGUGGCGUCUCUAUGAUGCAUCACAAGCUCUACGUGCCCAGCUGUAUCAGCUCAAUCUUCACUGA